AUGAAGAAAAUCAUUCGAGGUAUUUGGCACGAUUUCAUAAUAACAGGUAAACCUGUGCCGAAGGGAUCACCUCUUCCUGCGUGGCCGCCUAUAGGUGCGGGCAAUUCACCAUAUAUGUCUUUGGGUCAGAAGUUGGAACUAGGAAAUGCCAUUGCACCGGAACGUUUCAACUACUGGCAAACAAUCUACCAAGAAUAUUAUAAGGAACCUAUUCCGCCUCCAUAUUCGCCACCAACAUUACAUAUAGAGCUAUAA